CACCGUUUGCAAACGGUCACUUCUCGAUUUAAAAGCCCUUGGGGUUUUGCCGGCGCCAGAAGGAUCGCUCGAUCGAGCUCGCGGCGCCUCCAAAUCCUAGCCAAGAACGGCCCAUCCGCCUCGCGGCGCCACUGAUCGCGCCUCCGGAAGCGCUGAGCCAGGGUUUUGUCGCCGGCGCCAGGAGGAUCGUCGAGCUCGCGGCUCCUAGUCAAGAACAGGCCGUUCGCCUCGCGGCGCCUCUAUUUCUUGGCAGGAUCGUGUUCCAGCGCCUCCAGAAGCCCUGGCCAGGGUUUUGUCGCCGGGGCCAUCGAUUGAGCUCGCUGUGAUCGUGUUCCAACGCCUCCAGAAGCUCUGAGCCAGGGUUUUGUCGCCGGCGCCAGGAGAAUCGAUCGAUUGAGCUCGCGGCUCUUCCUCUGAUCGUGUUCCAGCGCUCUUGUCGCUGGCGCCAGGAGAAUCGAUCAAUCGCGCUCGCGGCUCCUCUCGCCUCCAGGAGCGGUCUCAAGGCAGCAGCUGUGGAUUCCAUCAUCUUAUGUCAUGAUGAACUUCGUGCCACAGCUUGUGGUGCUCAAGGAUGGCUCUGUCGUUGAUAACGUGCUGCUCCAUGGCAAGGAUUCCUUUGUUCUUGGAAGGCAUCAGAAUUGCGAUGUGGUUGCGGGGCAUGCGAGCAUCAGCCGGCAUCACUUGGAAAUCCGGAUCAUUCCUGAAACUCGGCAGCUCGUCCUAAAGGACAUGCACUCAGUUCAUGGGACACGACUCAAUGGGGAGCCUCUCAUCCCUCUCGACCCGGUCAUAAUGGAGGAAGAUGGGAAGUUUGAGGUGGGAGCAUCGACGCGAACGUAUAUGGUCAAGUGGAUUCCCGUGGCUCAGGAACAGUCCGAUUCUUCCUCCUCUUCGUGUACUCCUGCAAAGUCGACAGCUUCCAGCGUUGCCAAGGGUCUGGACGAGGAGUUCCAGAGCAUCUUGCGGCUGGAAAGCAGUAACUCACGUAAACAGGAAAAUGCGGAUCGCGGAGCAAAGAAGCAGCCAGAAAGGCUUGCCUUUUCGGACAUCAAUGGAAGAACGGGCUCGCCACCCGCCAGGCCAAAGUCUCCAGCACGUGGAAAGAAGGGAGCGGCUUCGCCUCUGUCAGCGAAGUUCACAGCUCUGCGAAUGUCUCCGGCUGGAAAGAAGAUCUUCGGAGUCCAGAAGCCGGAACAGUCUCCUUCGACUCUCUGGCUUAGGCGUGGUGUCAACCUAGAGCUGCCAAGCCUUGUCACAAACACACAGGCUUCUGCACCCCCUGAAGACGGUUACGUAUCAGACAAGGAAAACAUGGCUCCUGCUCUAGUUGCAAAGCCUGAGGUGGAUGCAUCCAAGUCCGUGGUGUCGAGGAAACCAUUCGGGGAGCUCUUUUUUCUUCCGUCACCGAGUGUUCAACGCGACUACAAGCCCGUUUUCCAGCCAGCGCCUUACUCAACGAGCUCCGAUGAAGACAGUUUCAAAGACUACUGCGCUCGUCGGCACCGGGUAACAGAGAAGAAGGCUGACGAGGUUAAAUGGCAUAUCAUUGUCGAUACGAACUGUUUCCUGGACGAAGAUGGCUUCAAUUCUCUCAAGAAACUGGAAGGUUUGCGAGAGACACGAGUCAUCAUACCGAAGAUAGGUGAGUGAGCGUUCUUUCAUGUUUCCUUUCAGUUGUCAGCCACAUUCUUGCGGAAAACCUGACUUGAUCUGAUGGCUGCCAACGGCUGGAUCAAAUUAAUGGGCAAACCAUAGCUAAAGGCGAUGUUUGAUCAUGGCUUUGAUCAGAAUCUGGAACAUCAUCCUCCAUGGAAACAUCUCAAACAAAGUAUAUUUGUGUCAAAA